ACAACCGAGAAUCCGUUCCCAAGAUGCUGGGACUUUCCAGCUCACUCUCCUUCUCUAUCCAUUGUAAGCUUGUGCGCUGACUUUGACACCUUGCGGACGCUAAAUUUUGCGUCUCCAUUCAUUAGGAGCUGAAGAAAGCCCGAAACAUCUUGUCAACAGGCUUAAUUGCCAGUUUCUGAAUUUGAAGAAAUCAUAGCUGGACCACUAUCGUCCCUUGUGUCUAUGGGAGCUGACUUCGCACAGAGACUGGAUGCAUCGGGAUCCCAAUCAAUCGAUAGUUCUAGACGCGGCUAGAUCCAGAUAACGAGUGUUGUCUGGUAUGAAAUCCAUGUCCUUAUAAACGACCAGUUCGUCGUUGAAGUCAUUCUGUACAUGAGAACGAUCUGUCUUGAAGGCACUCUCUCUGCGUUAAGUAGUACAGUUAAUGAUAGUCUGCAAGUUUCCCUUCCCGGAAACCCAAGAGGUAGUGAGGCCAAUUCCCACACCUACACCCUGUGAGUGUAGUGACGAAACAGCUCGUAUUGAUCAUAAGCUCGCAGCUCUCAGAGCACUCGGUGCUGUUGGAUUCCAUAUACUUCAUUACUCGUAUCAAGAAUCGAAGUUUCGCGUGGAGCUGAUUGGAACUCCAGCGGGCUUGUGUAUCGAGCUUUCCUCUCAGGAGUACUUCAAGUUCACUCAAGCUAUGGAAUCUCAGCAGGAAGCUGUGGAAUCUCAGCAGGAAGUCCAACCCAAGGCCCCUGAAGAGUUGACCACCACAGAGGAAAAGUUGACCGAAGUGUCUCCGGCCGAAAGCACGAAAGGAAAGAGCAAAGGACGGUACCUGAGAAAGAUGCUGCCGAUGCUCGGCAUCAAAACACGCACUGAGAAAGAGAAUUCUCACAUGCAGAUGAGACAGAGAAUAUCGAUGCUCAUGAUCUGUAUACUUCGGCUUUUUGAGAAGAAAAAGAAAGCCACGAAGGCCACGAAGGCCACGACAACCACAACCGAAACUGCCAAAGAGGAAUUGAAAGAGGAGCCAAGCGCGGCACUUUCAUUGUAAAAUUGUUCGGUUGAUGUUUGGAUCGUGUUUGCAAAACUUCUGUGUGUGUGUUUGUGUGUUUAACCUGGGUUAGGUGAUCUUCACCCAACAGACACCUGGAACGCUCUUCGCCUCAGAGCAGAAAUAUCAAUUCUUGAUAUAUGUACAUUUGUUAUCGUCACUGCGGAAUUCUCUCGCAGGGAUCAGACUUUCACCACAGGUAUCCCUCAAUUUCUGAACUUACGAGCACACUCGUCCUUCGUGUUGCAGUCGAAAAAGUUAUACUAUCUGGAAAGUCAUGGGUGGACCCCGUGACUAGGCCGGCAUCUACAGAAUCGUAAGUUUUGUAGCUCGUACCUUUCAAUCAUUACAGCUAUAGAAGUAAAUUGUCGAGGACUGAGUUAUCAUCCAAUGUGGUCAAUUUCGUUACAUUAUCUGUACAAAAUUCAAAACGAGAUAUGAGCAUUCGAUUGAUAGUAUUCAGAGUAACUUUCAGAGGUACCAGUCCUCUCUCCCCAGUUGUAUCUAGCAGUAGUGGUUUUGAAGAAUGCAAGGA